AUGACGGGCCGCGCGGGCUUACAGGAGCCUGAUAGGGCGGCGACCCGCAGCACUCCGUUGCGUGGCGUGUGUGGCACCGUUCUGGAGUUGCUAUCAGGCACCAUCACUCUGGACGAGGGAGGCACCCGCCACUCCGGAACGUCCAUCGUCAUCCACCCGCAGUACGAUGAGUCCGACUCCUGGGUCAACGAUGUCGCAGUGCUUAGGGUGUGGAUGCCGUUCCCGCUGAACGGUGAGACAGUGGCGCCGAUCCAGCUGCCUGCGCAGGGAGAGGACACACCUGCCGGAUCGCCAGUCACGGUGGUCGGUUGGGGGCGCCUCUCGUUCGACGGGAACAUCUCAAACAGCCUGCAGAAGGUGGACAUCGAGGUGUGGGACCGGGACCUGUGCUCGUCGCUCUUCGAGGACGGCUUUCAGUCUCCGGUCUACCCCACGCAGAUCUGCGCUGCUAGCGUCGACGAACGGGGGUCGUCUUGUGACGGCGACUCUGGAGACCCCUUGCUGCACGACGGCGUCGUCGUGGGUCUGGUGUCGUGGUCCUACCGCUGCGCCACCCCUCCCUACCCCACAGUCUACACCAGGGUCUCCAGCUACGUCGACUGGAUCAGCCAGCAGAUCGGCGUCUGA